CGAGACGACGAGAAUGGAGAACAAAUAUGUUAUGCGGACAAGACCUACAAGGUGAUGUUUGCCGUUCACUGACUUGACCAGGGGAGGUUAUUUUUGUUUGGUAAACAUGCUCGCAAAUGUGAAUAAAUGCGGUGCCCCUGAGUACUGGGAAUGUAUAAAGGCCCGCUGCGAGCAAUGAUCCAAAGCACUGCAUCAGCCAUGCAGUUUCAAUUUGCCAGCACAGUACUCUUGCUUGCGUACGUCGCUAAUGGCUUGGCCGUGUCAGUCAAGCAGCCCAACGAGUUGAAUCCCGCGGCCAGUAUGCCCAAGGGAGACCCGUGCCGAAACAGGGAACCAGUACCCGGUUGCGACCCUUCGACAGACAAAUGCUGCAACAAGAUCGUUAAUAAGGGUGCACCCAUUACCAAGUCACACUCAGCAGGGCCUCAAUAGGUCGUGUUACGUAUUGACAGAUCCUGGUUUCAGAUGCCUAAUCACCUAAAACCCCUGGUUACAUCUCGCGGCUAUUCUUCUGUGCACAACCACAGCGACCGAUCUAGACCUCGUCAUCUAGAUCAUAGAACAACUCAUUCGGCAUCUUCAACAGUCG